AUGCCAAUUGCCAUGGCAUUAAAAAUAUUUGCUAUAACUAAAUUUGAAAGUGGAAAUAAAGAUGAUGAUAAUGAUGAAGUAGUCAUAAAUAAUAAAACAAAAUCAUUAUUGAUAAAUUUAAAAGAUAUAAUGAAAUCAAAAUCAGAUACAUUAAAUUUUAAUUUAAUUAAAAAUUUAAUAAUUAUAUAUUUAAAUAUUUAUCAAAAGAUUUGGUUAACUAGUGGUAAUUUGAAUGUUAUAUUAUCAUUUAUUUUCCCAAUAAAUUCAAUUUUUCAAUCAAUCAUAUUUGCUACAGUAUCAAAUUUUUUAUUAUUUUGUUGGAAUUUACCAUUACAAUUUUAUAACACCUAUGUAAUUUCAAAAUUUCCAAAUAAAAAUGAUCCAUUAACUUGGUUUUUAACAAAUUUUUUCACCAUGAUUUUAAAUUCAAUUUCAAAUAGUAUUAAAAUUUAUGGAUUUCUAAAGUUAGUUUCUAUAGUUCAAAAUUUUCCAAUUUGGCAAUUAUGUUUUGGUUAUUUUAUUUUUUCAAUUUUAAGAAUUUCAAUAGUUCCAUUAGUAUUAAGAACUAUUUUUCCAGGAUUUAUGAAACCAGUUCCGGAAGGGGAACUAAAAGAUGAAUUAAGUAAAUUAUGUAAACAAGUUGGGUAUAAUUUAAAUCAUAUUUAUUUAGAUAAUAAUUCAGAACCAAGUUUUUUAGGAUUUGAUUAUUUACCGAACCUUAUUAUAAUUAGUAAUAAAUUAAUUAAUCAACUAUCACCUAAAGAAGUUUCAGCUAUUGUUUUACAAUUAAUUAAUUUAAUUAAAUCAAAUGUUAAUUUAAAGAAAUUUUUACCAAUUUCAAUUAUAUUAUAUGCUAAUAUAUAUUCUUUUGAUAAAUUGUUGAUGAAUGAUGAUACAAUAUUAAAUCAAUUUGGAUUUAGUACCUCAAAUCAAGAUAAUGAUUUAUUAUUUAUAAAAUAUUUAUUAUUUAUGAAAUUGUUUAUUCCAUUUGAAAUAAUUAUUGAUUUAAGUUUUAACUAUUUUCAAAGAUUAACAAUUUAUAAAAUUGAUUUAAAAACAUAUAAAUUUAAUAAUAAUCUACUUAAUGCUUUAGAAAAUUUACAAAAAAACAAUGGUAAUAAUAGUUAUGAAAUAUAUAAAUAUUUCAAAAGUGAUUCAUUAUAUGAUUUAUAUCGUGUUGAAAUACCAAGUUAUCAUGAUAGAAUUGAAAAUUUAAAAUCAAUUGAUCAAAAUAAUACAGAGUGA